UGUUCCAAUCCCCUCCAUAUCAUGUGAUUCAGGUGUUCCAAUCCCCUCCAUAUCAUGUGAUUCAGGUGUUCCAAUCCCCUCCAUGGACACAGGUGUAAACAAUCAAGCCCCUAGGCAUGCAGACGGCUUCUACAAACAUUGGUGAAAGAAUGGGUCGCUCUCAGGAGCUCAGUGACUCCAAGCGUGGUCCCGUGAUAGGUGGCCACCUGGGCAAUAAGUCCAUCCGUGACAUUUCCUGGCUACUAAAUAUUCCACGCUCAACUGUUAGUGGGAUUAUAACAAAGUGGAAGCAACUGGGAACAACAGCCACUCAGCCACCAAGUGGUAGGCCACGUCACAUGACAGAGCGGGGUCAGCACAUGCUGAAGCGCACAGAAAGUCACCAACUGUCUGCAGAGUCAAUAGCUAAAGACCUCCAAACUUGGUGUGGCCUUCAGAUGAGCCCAACAACUGUGCGUAGAGAGCUUCAUGGAAUGGGUUUCCAUGGCCGAGCAGCUGCAUCCAAG